AUGGCGAAAACUUCAAAGAUCAAGAAGGAUCCCACAGCGAACCCGAGAUCCCGCGCCUCAAAGCGAGCCACCUCCCCUUCCAUCGACGUCGAUAAAUCCAUCAGAGACGCCCCGCGCGCUUCGGACGCCACGCCAAUCCUGGCCGCCCGCCCAAACAGCGGCAUCACCAAAGCAAAGAAAAAGCAAAAGCCUCUUUCCCGCGGGCAACGGCGCAGACAUGAAAAAGGGUUGGCCAGGGCAGAGAUGGUGCAGGAUCAACAUGCGAGAAAGAUUGAAGAUGCGUCGCAGCGAUUGAAGAAGAGGCGCGAGAGGAAGGGUAUGUGGGAGGAAGUCAACGGGACGAACAACAAGUUUGUCACAUUAAUGGCAGCGAUUGGUGAUGAUGCGGAGCAGAAUGGGGAGGAGGACGGGUGGGAGGAUGAGGAUAACAUGGAAGAGGUCGACAUCGAGGGUGGCCGGGUUAAGGAUAUUGAAAACUCGGCGACAACCAUCUCAAAGACGAAGCUGGUCGUGGUCGACCGGACAGCGCCCGCUGCGGCUGCACCGCGAGCACCGACGACUGCAACGCAGGAAGAGGAGGAUGAAGCCGACAAAAUAACAUAA